AUGCAAGUGUUCAAUACCCAACCCGGGAUGCCGCCAGCACCACCGGGGGCUCCCGUUCAAUGGAUGCAACCUCCCCCGACCAUCCCCAAUUGCCCGCCUGGACUCGAAUAUCUCACCCAGGUCGAUCGCAUCUUCAUCAAACAGAAGAAAAGUCUCACCGAGGCUUUCACCAAUUGGGAAAUUUCCAACAAAUAUGUACUUCUCAAUUCGGCAAAUCAACAGGUGUACUACGCAUUCGAGGAAUCCGGGUGCUGCGAGCGGCAAUGCUGCGGGAGCGCGCGUGGAUUUGUCAUGCACAUCGUCGAUAACUUCCAGCGAGAAGUCCUGACGAUUAGACGCCCGUUUAAAUAUUUCACGGGUGGCAGCUGUGCGUGCUGCCGUGCUUGCAGCGUUGAGGCUCACAUCGAGACCCCACAAGGCGAGCAGCUCGGCCACGUCAUCCAAAAAUUCGGCUGGUGCUCCAACAACUUUGCCGUUGUCAAUGGGGACGAGAGCAAGGAGAUCUUCAACGUCCUUGGUCCAAACUUGUGCGGCUGCUCGUACAAUUGCGAUAUCUGUGCGGACAAGGUUUUUGAGAUCCAAAGUACGGAUGGUCAGCCGGUGGGGGCGAUUCGGAAGAAGUGGGGUGGAAUGGCAAGGGAGGCAUUUACUACGGCUGAUAUAUUCCACGUGGAAUUCCCGUACGACCUUGACGUUCGCUACAAGGCAACAUUGCUGGGGGCUGCCUUUCUUAUUGACUUCAUGCAAUUCGAGCAGAAGCAAAACAACACCCAAAACAUCAACAUCGAC